AUGGAAAUUGAUUUUGCUCCAUCACAUAAUCCAACAUUAUUUGGUUCAUUAUCCGUAUCACCGCCAACAUCAAUGUUCGAUGCAUUUUCACCAUUGCUUCAUUUAAAUGAUGAUUUUUUGGAUGUAUUAAAUUCAACAAAUUCUAAUGAUGAUGUUGAAGAUUGGAUGAAACCAUUAUUAUUUGAUCAAUUACUUGAACAUGAUUUACAACAAAAUUUUCUCAAUUUUAAUGAUAUUGAUAUAAAAGAAGAAACACAAAAUAAUGAAAAAGAUAAAUUCAAUAAUUGUUCAUUACUUAUUCAAGAUAAAUUGAAAUUAAAUAAUUAUUCUCAAUCACAAUCAACAAUACAAAAGAAUGAUCUAAUUGAGUUCUUAAAUCAACAUUCAUCUGAACAACAAUUACCAUCAUCAUCAACAACUACAACUGUUCGUUUAAUACAUCAAGCUAAAAUUGAACCAACCGAAAUGCCAACAACAUUAUAUGUUAGUGGUAAUGAAUUACAAUUUCAUCCCAUUGUUACAUCAAAUAAUAAUGGAAAAACUAUAGGCCAUACAUAUACAACAACAACAUCAUCACCAAUUCCAUCAGUACCCCUUCAAUCAUCAUUACCUAUUGUACCAGCACGAGUAUUAAAAGGAAAAAAAUUCAAACGAGGGGGUCGAGUUACAUCACGAGCAACAUCCAGAAAUAGUGCUGCAGCUAAACGACGAAUAAAUUCUACAGGAGCUGAACCCAAAGCUAGUGUUGUUAUAAUAGCUGAAGAUGCCACACGAAUAGAUUCUAAAACAACUACAUUAGGUUUAAGUUCAGCAAGUAGUAGUGAUACAGAUCUAUUAAAAAAUUCUUCAACAACAACAGCACGUUCAUCAACGCGUCGUCGUAUGAAAUCAACACCACGUGAAGUUAUUCUAUUUCGUAAUGGUACAUUUAUAUCAAAAGAACCUAUAUCAAAACAACAAACACCAACAACAUUAUGUUUUGAAACAGCAUCAACAAAUAAUACUUGUCACCCAUCACCACCACCAUUACAUCAACAACAAAUAACUGCAACUGGUUUACAAGCAGCUGCACAAAUUGUUGCCUGUAAUGUACUUCGACAAGCAACAUUAAAUGAUGCAUUAAUCGAACAAUUGGUAAAACGUGAACCAGGGAAUACAGAUGAUGAUUCACCAAUUUAUUGUUACUCAACUCCAUCUUUGUCAUCACCAUCAUGUACAAUGACAGCAGCAAUGGACGAAUAUGAAAAUAGUUGUUCAGCCACAUUAAAAAUUCUUGGUUGUAACACAACUGCACCAUUAACAUCAACGAAUACAACGACAACAACAAUUGAAUUACUUACAUUUGCUGCUUUACAACAACGGCAACAACAACAACAAUAUUGCUAUAUUAAACAAGAACCAGUUACAACAACAACAACAACAACGUUUCUACUACCUCGAUUACUUCCAUAG